UCCGAACAAUGCCUCCUCCGUUUUGGUAUUGAGUCUUGAGCACGGAGAUAAGAUUAACACCCUCACCCGUCGCGUCAGAUCAAAUUCGAGUGUUCCGAGAGGGGGUGCAAUUCGCGAACCAGUUCGUAGAGUUCUGUAGACCAAAGUUGGUGUCGGUGGAUAAAUAGUUCGGAUUGGCGGAAUCUCUCUGAUACAUAACCGCUUAAUCACGUGAUCAUUUUCCUGAAGACUGAACGGGCGAAACAUGAAGACGAUUCUUCUGGCCAUAGGGGCCAUUCUGGUGGCAACGGGAGAUGGGGCGCCCAGACAGAUUCAGCAAUUGAAGGACUUUUCAUUGAGCGAAGUCAUCCCCAACCAAUUCAGCCAACGGGGGUUCAACGGAAGCUGGUUGUCGGAAAAGGAGUUUGUCUAUCGCAACCAAAAGGGUGACUACGUUAAGUAUAAUGUCGAGAACCAGUCGGAAACUGUAGUCCUUGAAGCCAGUCGUUUGGACAAUUGGACCGGUGCUUCAGUACAAUUUAUCAAACCGGAGGUAGACAAAGUUUUGAUUCGAUAUGACACAAAAACUAUCUUCAGACAUUCAACGCUCUCCAAAUUCGUCGUAAUGGAUCUCAAUUCUGGGAACACUUAUGACGUCGCCAAUGCGGAAGAUAUAUCAGUUUGUACGGUCUCGCCGAAUGGACAAUCCUUGGCAUACGUAAAGGACAACAAUGUCUAUUAUCGUGCAGCGAUCCUAAGCACAACCGAGAUUUCCUUAACUACCGAUGGAGUGCCUGGAGUGAUUUACAACGGAGCCCCCGAUUGGGUUUACGAAGAGGAAGUCUUCGGAUCGGACUCUACGCUCUGGUUCUCGGCUGAUGGAAGUCACAUUGCUAUGGCCAGCUUCGACGAUACCAAAGUGAAGGAGUUCUCGUAUCACAUGUACGGUGACCCGCAAGACCCAGAAUUCCAAUACCCGGAGGAGUACAAAUUGCGGUACCCCAAGGUCAAUACCACCAACCCUACGGUCCACCUGAGGGUCAUGAACCUGGCAGACCCAACGAAGUGGUUUGAGCUACCAGCUCCGGAAGCGAUCGUUACCGACGAUCAUAUCCUCGGCACAGUUAACUGGAUCGGAAACGACCUUGGUGCAAUUUGGAUGAACCGUAGACAGAACAUCGCUACCUAUCAGCGCUGCAAUGUACAAACUCAAGCCUGCAGCGAGAUUGUCGGAGUCAAUGAACCCAACGGUUGGUACAUUCUGUACACACCACGCUGUACCAAGAGCGGUGAUCGCUGUUUCUUCCUGGGUAACGCCAACGGUUGGCAACGCAUCUGGGAACUGAACGGAAGCGGCGUGACCUACAAAUCUCCAGAGGAAUACACCGUCACCAGUAUCAACGGCUACGAUGAAGCCAAGAACAACCUCUACUACACCGCAGUUCCAGCCAAUGCUCCUCAAACAAGACACGUCUUCCGUGAUGAAGACUGCAUAACUUGCAGUCUCCUCAAGGACAAGUUCAGUAACGACGCUGCCUGCAACUACGCUAGCAUUUCCUUCAGCACCGACUUCUCGUACUUUGUGGCCACUUGCUCUGGCCCUACUCCAUCGUACACCCAAAUCUACCGAACCGACGGCCAACAGUUCAUCAGCGACUGGGAAACCAACGAACAGCUGCGCACCAAAUUGACCGAGUACAAGGAAACUCAGGUUCGCUUUCUCAAGGUCCCGGUAGAAGGCGGAUUCGAAGCAUCCGUCCGGUUCUACCUCCCGCCGGAAAUCGACUUCGAAAAUCCUGCCAGCAACAAGGAAAAGUAUCCGAUGAUCGUUCAGGUGUACGGUGGACCAAACUCUGCUCGAGUUAUCGACACAUUCACCGUUGGAUUCGGGAAUUACCUGACUACGACCAAGAAGACCAUCUACUGUCAGAUUGAUGGACGCGGCAGUGCCAACCAGGGCAACAAGUUCCUGUUCUCCAUCAACAACAAGCUGGGAACGGUGGAGAUUGAGGAUCAGAUUGCCGUGACGCGGUAUCUCCAGGAGAAGUACAGCUUUAUCGAUCGGGACCGGACGGGUAUUUGGGGCUGGAGCUACGGUGGCUUCGUGACGUCCAUGGCCCUGGAGAAGGAUAAUGGAAACGUUUUCAAGUGCGGAAUAUCGGUUGCUCCCGUCACCUCGUGGAUGUUCUACGAUUCGAUCUACACGGAGCGGUACAUGGGAUUGCCGCAGGCCGGAGACAACAAGGAGGGAUACGAGAAGAGCGAUGUGAGUCAGUUUGUGGACGGAAUGAGGAAUCACAUGUUCCUGUUGAUUCACGGCAAUGCCGAUGAUAAUGUGCACUACCAGAACUCGAUGGUGUUCGUGCGGGCGUUGGUCGAUGAGGAUAUUGAAUUUGAGCAAAUGUCGUACCCGGAUGAAGAUCAUGGACUUGGAGGUGUUCAAAGGCAUCUGUACCAUACGAUGGACAACUUCUGGAAUCAAUGUUUCGCUUAAGUUGAUAUGUUGUUAUUAUUGUUGCCAUUGAUUAAAUAGAUGACCAUUAGACAUUUCUAUUAAAUAUU